CAGCAUGACACCUGACAGCAGUGUCGACGACAACUUAAGACCGUUUUAAAGCCAUGAAAGUGCAGAUUCUGCCCAUGACAGCUGAGUGACAGACUCUUAAUGUGACUCAACAGCACAUAUUCAAGGCUACAAUGAAACAAAACCUUCAUAUACUGCGAUAAAGUGCAUGAAUCGAGGAUUCCUAAUAAGGCAUGUGGUUGGACUGUACAGAGUUCUGGGACAUACGGUCAUUCACCAUAAAGAUGGACAACUUCUCAUGGACAGGUGUUUGUGCAGUUCAGAGGCUGGUGGAGCGUCCAUGGCAGAGGAACCUUUAGUCAGCGCAGGGAAUAACUUCCCACUGGAUUACAGGCAAGAGCAAGAUGUUACGUGUUCCAGACGGGACUCUCGUGGGUGCUUUGUGAACCCCUGGACAACAUGGCAGUUCCCCUCCUACAGCACCAUCGCUCGCCUGUUCCUCACCGAGAGGAACAACAGUAAUGUUCCCAGUGCCAAAGAGGUUCUUGACCGUGAGUUGCCGAUUCAGGAGCCAUAUUUCGUGCAGAGGCCAGACCAGUGUGGGCAGACGGGCCCAUCUGUGAGAGCGACCUGGCUAGGUCAUGCCACAGUACUGGUGGAGAUGGAAGGACUGGUGUUUUUGACUGACCCCAUGUUUAGCCAGAGAGCAUCUCCAGUGGCAUUCAUGGGCCCAAAGCGUUACCGUGACCCCCCUUGCACCAUAGAACAGCUUCCUCGCCUGGACGCAGUAGUGAUCAGUCACACACACUACGAUCACCUCGACGCAGACUCUGUGGCAGCACUGAAUGCUCGCUUUGGUUCCAGUUUGCGCUGGUUUGUGCCACUCGGGUUGGCCGAAUGGAUGCAGAAGGCAGGUUGUGAGAAUGUCACUGAGUUGGACUGGUGGGUGGGAAACUGCAUUCCCGGGCACGACAGUGUCACAUUUUUUUGCACGCCAGCACAGCACUGGUGCAAACGCACUCCUGUGGAUGACAACAAAGCAUUAUGGGGAAGCUGGACAAUCAUAGGCCCCCAUUGUCGUUUCUUCUUCGCUGGAGACACGGGAUACUGUUCGGCAUUUAAAGAGAUUGGAAAACGCUUCGGACCAUUCGACCUGGCUGCCAUCCCGAUUGGAGCGUACCUGCCUAGAGGAAUCAUGAAGUCUCAGCAUGUGGACCCUGAAGAGGCUGUUCAGAUUCACAUGGACAUUCAGGCCAAAACAUCGCUGGCCAUUCACUGGGGGACGUUUGCUUUGGCCUAUGAGCAUUAUCUUGACCCUCCAGCACGUUUGCGUGAGGCUAUGGUGAAUCAUGGAUUGAAUCCAGAUCUGUUCUUCAUUCUUCAUCACGGAGAGUCACGGAAGAUCGACCACAAAGACACACACUAAACAGAAAUCCAGGAAGUAUGCAGAUACAUAUAUGUGAUGAUGCUUUACACAGGCUGCAUUUUCAUAAAUUAUUUUACAGCUAAAGAUUGUGCCGAUCCAGUGGCUGGACUCUGGAUUUAAUGCAACAUGAAUGUUUAAAAAUGUAUUAGAUUUCUAAUAUAAUUUGUCACUUAAAAUAUCAUGCUGUAAUCAUAAUAAAAGAGCAUCUGAAUUUAA